GUAGUUGACUGUCAAAAAGUAACACAAACGAUUUUCAUUCCGGGAGUGAUUUGUUGUUUUUAUCAAUUUUUGUAUACUCGAUUCGCAUCAGUCCAUUUAUUUCCAAAAUGAAGAUCGACAUAGCUGCCGAAGGUCAAUCCAAGGGAUUUAGUUUUGAAAAUUGCCCACGCAAUUCGAUGCUCUUGAAAAAUGGAUUCAAAUGCCCAACAGCCGUUAAAACUGGUACGACCAUUUGUGGUAUUGUCUUUAAGGAUGGCGUAAUAUUGGGUGCCGAUACUCGGGCUACAUCAGGUCCAAUCGUUGCGUCAAAGAAUUGUGAGAAAAUCCAUUUCUUGGCCAAGAACAUGUACUGUUGUGGUGCUGGAACAGCCGCCGAUACUGAGAUGACAACAAGUAUGAUUUCAUCGCAACUUGAACUGCAUCGCUUAAACACGGGACGAGUAGUUCCGGUUAGAACUGCAAACACUUUGCUGAAGCAAAUGUUGUUCCGAUAUCAGGGACACAUUGGCGCUGCUUUGAUUGUCGGUGGUGUCGAUAACACCGGUCCGCAUGUCUACUGUAUCCAUCCACAUGGUUCCACUGAUGCGCUACCAUAUACUACUAUGGGUUCUGGCAGCUUGGCUGCAAUGGCGGUGUUUGAAUCGCGUUGGAAGGAGGAUAUGUCCGAAGAAGAAGGAAAGAAACUGGUUCGUGACGCCAUUGCUGCUGGUAUAUUCAAUGACUUGGGUUCCGGUUCAAAUGUCGAUCUGUGCGUCAUACGAAAGAAUUUCACGACCGAAUAUUUGCGCGGCUACGAAUAUGCCAAUGAGAAGGGAGUUCGUGAGCUCAACUACGACUUCGCCAAGGGUACAACCGCAGUCUUGAAGACAAACAUCAAAAAUUUUGAAAUUACUGAAACUGUUCGCCCUAUUGCCAGUGUUCCGAUGGAUACUGCAUAAGAAUUUGCUUUCUAAUAAAAAUGAAUUUGAAAUAAACGGAA